CAUCAAGUAUGAACAACACAAUCGACGACCAAUUAUCCAUGUCCGAUGUCUCCUUGCUGGGCGGGACCAACUCACCAACUGUCUCAACCAAUGGCGAAUCAAGUCAAAGUGGCUCAAGAAAAAGAAAGGCCGUUGCCAUUAAGUCUCUCAGAAGUCAGGAGAAGAUCAUUGAUAAUUUAAAAAAAGAGAACUUUGACUUGAAACUGCAGCUAAAUUUCUUGAUGGAACGACUGAACCAAAUGUCUCCAGAAAACUGUGAGAAAUUAAACCAAGAAAAUAUUAAAUUAAGAGCAGGCGUUCAAUCACUCUCUGCAGACUUAAAAGAAUCAAAGGAAAUAAUCUCUGAACUCAAUGAAGAGAUUAACGAUCUGCAAAAUCAGCAUGAAUGUCCUUCCUGUAGUAAUCAGUCGGACUCAGAGUCAGCCGAAAACGAGCUGGAACAAUUAAAAGAGGAUCUGCAAGAUAAAGAAGUCGAACUCCAAAACAAAAGAGAUGACUUCGACCGCUUAAAGACUCACUUGGACCACAUAUACGCCGAUUAUGACGAUUUACAAAACGAGUACGAGAUCCUGAAGAAGAAAGCCUCGUCAAACCCAUCAAGUGACAACCAGACAGAUGAUUUAAUCAAAGCAGUUCAAGAAUUGGAAGAGGACAACGAGAAAUUAGUUGCAGCCCUCCAAAGUAGAAACCAAGAUGUCGCUGCUUUAGAUGCCGAAGUAGAAAAGCUUUUAUCACAUUUGGAUGAAAAGGGUAUGGAUGGACCCGUGAAUAAAAAGGGUGUGGGUGGGCCCGUGAAUGAAAGGGGUAUGUGUGGACCCAUGAAUGAAAAGGUGAUCAAGCUGGAAGAAGCUUUACAAGAGAGAGAGGAAGUAAUUCAGGAGAGAGAAGACGAGAUCGAUAUCCUCAAAAAAGAACUUAAAACAGUAACAGAAUCACACGAUGAAGACAUCAAAGCCUUUGAAGAACAUAUGGCUAAAGCCCAAGCCGAGUUCAACGAGCAAAGGCAGUUGAACCAAGAACUAGUCGAGGAACUUGAAAACACCAAGAAGUAUUGCCAAGAUGACCUCACGAAACAAUACAACGACAUGAUUGUCUCUAUUAGAGAGCGAGAUGUUCGACUUGCAAGCUUACAAGGUAACUUCGAGCAACAAGCAGACACGAUGGAAAGAGAAAAGGAUUUGUUGCUGGAAGAUAUAGUAGAAUUGAAAGACACAAUUCAUGAACUAUUCGAUGCAUUGAACAGGCAAGAAGAGAAUGUCAUCGAAUUAAAAAACCAAGUGAGAAGGAAGGAAGAAGAUGUCAGAAGACGUCCUAGUUCUGAAGAAUUUGCUAGUACAAUACAAAGACAUCAAGAAGAACUAGAUGCUAUUCAACGAGAAAGGAAUGAAGCAAGAGAUGAGAACCAAAGCCUUCAGGCUGGUUAUCGUGAUAUGGAGAAGAAGUAUCACAUAAUAAGAAAAAAGAAGUACUUAUUAACAAAACUUCUGGAAGAGCACCAAAUAAUAAACUGUGCAUAAUGUUUUUAGUUUACAUGAA